CCCUCCGCCGUGACUAUGGAGAAGGGCUCUGAGAAAACGCUGACCUCCGUGGCCGGGGAAGGGAGACUGACUCUUGUGCUCGCCCUCGUGACCUUUAUCGCCGCCUUUGGGUCAUCGUUCCAAUAUGGGUACAACGUCUCCGUGAUCAACUCUCCAGCUCCGUUCAUGAAGGAUUUUUACAAUGAAACCUACUUCAAACGGAACGGGGAGUACAUGAGUGAGGACUUGGUGACGGCCCUGUGGUCACUCACAGUGUCUUUUUUCCCCCUCGGAGGUUUCUUUGGGUCCCUUAUGGUAGGCCCCAUGGUGAACACCUGCGGCAGGAAGGGCACUUUACUGAUAAACAACGUCUUCUCCAUCGUCCCUGCCAUCCUCAUGGGAAUCUCCAGAGUGGCUAAAACCUUUGAGGUGAUCAUCGUUUGCCGCAUCAUCAUCGGGAUCUGCGCAGGCCUGUCUUCCAAUGUUGUCCCCAUGUAUCUCGGAGAGAUGUCCCCCAAAAACCUCCGAGGGGCCGCAGGGAUCGUGCCGCAGCUCUUCAUCACCAUCGGGAUUCUGGUAGCUCAAAUUUUUGGCAUGCGGAUGAUCUUGGGAAGUCCGGAAGGCUGGCCCAUCCUGCUGGGCUUAACAGGGGUCCCGGCAGCAUUGCAGCUCUUGUGCCUGCCCUUCUUCCCGGAGAGUCCCAGGUAUCUGCUGAUCCAGAAGGGUGACGAAGAGAAAGCCAGAGCAGCUCUGAAGAAGCUGCGAGGCUGGGAUGAUGUGGAGGAUGAGAUGGAAGAGAUGAGGAAAGAAGACCAAGCGGAAAAGGCCGAAGGGAAGAUGUCCGUCUGCACCCUUUUCACCUACCGAGGCCUUCGGUGGCAACUGAUCUCGAUCAUCGUUAUGAUGAUGGGCCAGCAGCUCUCUGGAGUUAACGGGGUGUACUACUAUGCUGACAGCAUCUACGAGAACGCUCGAGUGAAGACAGAGGACGUGCAGUUUGUCACUGCUGGAACAGGCGCCGUAAAUGUCGUCAUGACUUUGCUAGCGGUUUUCAUCGUGGAUGCUCUGGGGAGGAGGAUCCUGCUUCUGGUCGGUUUUGGGCUCUGCUGUGUAGCCCUUGCAGUGUUAACGGUGGCUCUGAACCUCGAGAACAUCUCGUGGAUGCCGUACGUCAGCAUAGCCUGCAUCAUCUCCUACGUUAUUGGCCAUGCCGUUGGAGCCAGUGCCAUUCCAAGUGUUAUGAUCAUAGAGAUGUUCCUACAGUCCUCCCGCCCUGCUGCAUUCAUGGUGGGAGGGUCCGUUCACUGGCUCUGCAAUUUCACAGUCGGGCUCGUCUUCCCUUUCAUGGAGAAAGGGCUGGGGCCCUACUGCUUCCUGAUCUUCUGUGGCAUUUGCUUGGCCACAGUCAUCUACGUCUUCCUCAUCGUCCCCGAGACCAAGAACAAAACCUUCAUGGAAAUCAACCAGAGCAUGGCCAAGAGGAACGGCAUUGAGCUACAGGCUGACAAAGAGGAGCUGAAGGAUUUCACAGCCGUUUCUGUGCCCUACAGCAAGAAGAACGAAGCAGAAAGGGACAGCCCUCUUUGAAAAGGCCCCGGUGUUGCCCGGGAUUGGCUACGGUUUUGUUUCUCUUCCUUCUGGGGCCAGCAG